UAUUUAAGACACACCACUAGGCCUCUUUGUUCCAACAAGACCUCAAAUAAAAACACAACAACAACAUUCAAGAAAUGGCCAUCUUCUGUUUCCUUGUAGACCAGAGAAAGAAAGUCCGGGGGAGGAAGCCAGCGGCCGGGUUGUGCUCAAGAUGCGGAGGAGGAGCAGUUGUUGCCGACAUGAGAACCUCCACAAGAUUCUGUGGGGUCCCUUUUUACCGCAAAGCUUGGAAAGCUAUCGUCUGUCAUAUCUGCGGUGCUGUCCUCAAAUCAUACCACUGAGUCUGAUGAACCAACAACGUUUUUUGUUUUAAUUCAUUCGUUUUUUUUUUCCAACAAGCUACUUGCCAUUGUAUGUCGCUUGAUUGCCUACUUUAGACUCUUAAGUCUUAGCUAAUGUUUUUGUUUUUCAUUUAUCUCUCUGUUUCUGACUAAUGCAAGUGAUCCUUUUACUU